UGUGAUCUCUCGUCGACGGCGACGUGAGCGAGGGAGACAUAAACAGUGAGUUUGUCACUAGAGAGAGAAUAUCUAGAGAGAGAGAAUCUAGAGAGAGAAUUUUCACCCAUGGACACCAUGGAUGAGACCGCCGCAGUCAUUGAGUCCAUUUUGAGAGAAGAUGAGAGCAGCGAAAUCGUCUACAACGAUGAUCACGGGUGGAAAACGGUGUCGUACUCAAAGCGCCAGAAGAAACAGACGGCGAAGCCACCGGCGAACUCCUCCGACCUCCAGAAUUCCGGCGACGUCUUCAGCUCGAUCGAGCAGCACUCGGAAGAGCGCCGCCGCCGCGCGUUGGAAUCUCAGAAGGCCGCCAUGGAAGCCGCAACGGCCUCCAAUUCCGCCGUCAAAUCAAACGCCGACGACGGCUUAGAAGACGGCAAUGAUGUCGAAGCCUCCGGCGGCGUUGAAAAUGGCGGUACAGAGGCGAAGAAGUUGAAGCCGAAGAAGCCGAAGAAACCAAAGGUUUCUGUAUCCGACGCCGCGGUGAAGAUCGAUGCCUCUGAUCUUGUUGUUUUUCUUGAUGAAAUAACAGCUUCUUAUGAAUCGCAGCAGGAUAUACAGCUCAUGCGAUUUGCCGACUAUUUCGGCCGCGCAUUUGCUCCAGUGAGUGCGUCUCAGUUCCCUUGGAUGAGGACAUUGAAGGAAACUUCUGUAGCAAAGAUGGUUGAUAUCCCUCUGUCUCAUAUAUCCGAAGCUGUUUAUAAGACAUCGGUUGACUGGCUGAACCAGCGAUCUUUAGAAGCACUUGGUUCCUUUGUGUUGUGGUCAAUGGAUAGCAUUCUUGCUGACCUAGCUAUCCAUCAAGGAGCCGUUAAGGGACCAAAAAAGGUGGUUCAGGAUUUUCCUGCCAAGUCUCAGGUUGCCAUGUUUGUGAUUUUAGCAAUGACAUUGCGACGAAAACCUGAUGUGUUGAUAAGUCUACUGCCUGUAAUGAGGGAAAAUCCUAGUUACCAAGGACAAGAUAAGCUUCCAUUCACAGUAUGGCUGAUUGCUCAGGCCUGUCAAGGAGAUUUAGUUGUGGGGCUCUUCAUGUGGGCGCAUUUCCUCCUGCCGACGCUGAGCAAUAAAUCGAGUGCUAAUCCGCAGUCCAGAGACUUGAUUUUACAGCUGGUGGAGAGAAUCGUAUCUGCCCCCAAAGCUCGUCCUAUUCUGUUAAAUAAUGCAGUCAGAAAGGGGGAGCGCCUAGUGCCACCAUCUGCUCUUGAGCUUCUAAUGAGAGCCACCUUCCCUGCACGCGCGGCUAGAGUUAAGGCUACUGAGAGGUUUGAAGCUGUGUAUCCCACCUUGAAAGAGGUUUGUCUUGCCGGUGUCUCCGGAAGCAAAGCAAUGAAGCAAAUAACACAGCAAACAGUGCAGUUUGCUAUCAAAGCUGCUGGCGAAGGUGUCCCUGACCUAUCAAGGGAAGCAAGUGAUGUAUUUAUAUGGUGUUUGUCUCAAAACCCAGAGUGUUACAAGCAAUGGGACAACCUUUAUCUGGAUAAUCUUAAAGCAAGUGUUGUUGUUCUGAGAAAGCUUUCUGAUGAAUGGAAGGAACAAUCUGCUAAACAUUCUACUCUUGAACCUUUAAGGGCGACUUUAAAGAAUUUCAGGCAAAAGAAUGAAAAAGAACUAGCAAUCGUAGAGGAUGCUGCCCAUCAAGCAACCUUGAAAAAUUCAGAGAAGUACUGCAAGUUGAUCUUGGGACAAUUGUCGCGUGGACAUGGCUGCAUGAAGAGCAUGGUGUUUAUAUCCGUUGCGUUGGCUGUUGGUGCCGCUGUCAUGUCUCAGAAUAUGGACUCUUGGGACCUGAAGAAACUGUUGGUAGAUGUCAACUUCCCUUACACCUUCUGAGUUUAUGUUAGAGGCAGCUGAUGGGUGAUGGCUCAUGUCAUCCUUGCAUAUAUAAAUUAUAUCCGGCAUAGAUAAGCGUGAUGACCCGUAGCAAAAUUGGACAGAGAAAGAGUUCGUUCGGUUUUAAUGAAAAAUAGAAAUAAGUGGCAGCAGCCAUAGCGUCUGGGAUCUUAGUUUACAGUGUUUGUGUUUCUGGUUUUCAGUAAGGUUUCAUUUCAGUGUCUUCUUUCUUUAAGUUAUAGCGUCUCGUGUUGUAAGUGUUAGUAGUGGCAGCAGCCGUAGUGUCCAUGUUUGUGUGUCUGGUUGUCAGUGAGCUUUCAUUUCAGUGACUUGUUUAAGUUCUGGUGACUUUUGUUGUAAGUGUUAAUUCCGUUUUCUCGUUACAUUUUCAAAUAUGCAAAAUGGUUUUAGGAA